GUUUUAAAAUGCUUGUCUUCGAAACUAACGCCAAAGAAGUUCAUUGUUAACAAUCAUUACAAGCAGCAAAAAUCUCCUACUAUUUCUGACAGACUACAGUGUCGCGUGAGUUGUGAGUGUAAAAUAUGGAAGUGAAAUACUUGCGUAAACAAAGAACAUGAAUAUCACAGAGAAGUGGAGAAAAAUGGAAAUGUUAGCAUGCGAUUAUGAGCAAAUUAUCACGCGUACAUUACUAUUAGAUUGAAUAUUGGCAGAAGAAUCUCUCGAAUUUGUUCUCUACCUCAAGGUUAUUGACGAAGUUAGCUAUGAGAUGAAUUGGUGGAAUUCAUUAGAGAAAGCAGGCAACAUAUCAAAAUUUGCAAUCACAGCCUUAAAAAGUGCUCAGCAAAAAAUAGAUGAAGUCCUCGAUAUUACGGAUGAAGCUGCUAAUCAAAACGUACUGCCUACGACAUUGGAAUAUUCAAUUAGACAAGUUGACUCAACAGAAACAUUAGUAUCUGUUGAACCAAAUGAAUCAAGUAGUUGUGAACCGAAACUGAGUGGGUUAUUUUUUUUAUGUUGCCAUGCUUAGUCCUUGUAAGGUCUGACCUGUUGUUUUUAUUUUAUGUCCUUAUUGUUCAUACCAUUUGUACGGAGCAAGUUAGAGAUGAACACUGAUGAAAUAUGACGAAAAUGCGCCGUACAUUUUCCACUAUUUGUACUUGAUUGUUUGCGGAUCUCUAUUUUGUGUAGGGUUGUUCACGGGCGUAUUUCUUGAUGUUAUUUGAUUACGAUUGUGCUGUGAUUCAAAGGAAUAUAUUUCUCUGGACUUUUUACUUUAAGUAUGAAAUCCUUAAGCUGAAAUGCUGAGCGACCCUGUCGGUCUUAACGCCAUCAUGUUGUUCAGAGUAUGUAAGUUAGGGUUCCACGAAACGUUAUGUUAUUAAGUGGAGCUUAUAUAAAAUCCUCGGUUUUAAUGCUAACUUGGAUUGUUAUUUGGAAUACUGGCUUGAAUUUAGGUAGCAACCUUCAAAAAUAUACAGGCCCGUUCAAUAACCACAAUAUAGACAUCACGUAGUCUUAGUUUAUGGAUUGUUCUAAAAUUAUAUAUUUGUUGUUAUGGUCUUGCUAAUAUGUAAAAAUCUUUACUUUGACAAAUGUACAUCGCGUUAUGAUUGCCCUGCAUCUGGUUAAUUACUCAAACCCUGUGAAAGUUAAAAGUAGCUUAUCAGUGAUCCGUUUUUAGUCAUGGUUGAUCAGAUCAAGAUGCGUACUGUGUAAUUCACUUACGAGGUCCGGACUAACCACGUCAGUUUUGAACCUUAUUGUAAAGGCUAGUGGUAAUGGUCUUCCGUCUCAAUAAAAUGUCUAGAUCAAACAGUUUUAACAUUAUUAAGGAGUAUGUAAUGACUACUUCAACAAAUAUUUUGGAUAGGUAGGUUAGUCAGUGGCCUAUACUUCGGGCAGAUAAAAGCAACAAACAAAGUACCAAAAAAGAAUAAAUAGCAUCUGACAAAAUUUCUAUUGCUUGUUACCCACUGAUAACUUGGAUAAAAUACUGAUACCAAGAUUUAGGAUCUAGGUCCUAAGAUUAAAAUUUAAUCAGUUUGUAUGGGAUGAUUUGUUCCGAUACGAUAAAUCUAGUGACGUUUGAAAGUAAUUGUUCGGGUUUCUCAGGUAAACCAACUGGGGUUGGUUAAAGUAUGGGAUUUGGACAAUUUCUUUCGACAGUUUUCGAUUGGUAAUCGUUUUAGUUUUUAAUUAAUCUUAAAGUCUUCUAUAGAUCAUCAGUUUAAGAAUUGAACUAAGAUAGUUCUCAAAAUCUUUGGAUUCAAUGUGAGUACGACUAUAAAUCUCGAAAGCAGAUAGGUUUUAACCCUUGUCUAGGACAUCCCUAAACUCAGUAGAACUUGCUAACUUCCCGUGCAAUUCAUUUCCUUUAAUUUACUGAUAGACUUUAUCUCCCGACGUAGCUAUUUUGAGCAAUGUUCAUCGUGGUUUCCUGUUUUCUUUAUUUACUCACAAGUAGCAAUCCCUUUAAUGUCUCACGAGCUUGUCGUCUACCUGAGAUUCUCCCGUAAACUUAGGCAACAUAUUUCACCAAGUGAAAAAUCGACACAAUGCAACUCUAAUAUUUCCAGUUAUAUGUAAAAGGUUUUCAAGAUUCAUUUCUGACUUGAAAUACAAAUUUUUGCUUUGGGAUUAGUCUAUAUGAUUGUUGUUUAGUCAUGAUACGUAAGCUAAAGAAAUCCGAGUGUGAAGUAAGCAGCGAUUGUGAAGAUUUGGAGAGAUCUUGUUCAACAAGCUUGGAAAGUCAUCACUCACCUCUUAUGGAUUCUCUGGGAAAAGUUAUUUACGAUCAGUCAGACAAUUUCGCAUCCAGUGAUUCUGAUAAGGUGCUAACUGAUGAGAACACUAAAACUGACGAGGUGUUGGAAAUAGAUUCUACAUUAGUUAAUGAUUGUUCUAAUGUCAUUGAACAAAAAGCAUCACAGGAUUUAUGUGAAAAAAAGUGUGAUGCACCAAAAGUAACAAUUUCUUCGGAAUACAUUGCACAAGAAUCAGCUGUUGAUGUAAAUUCUCACUUGUCAUUCGUAGAAAAGGAAUUGCAGUUAGUGAAUAAAUCAAUUCCAAAUGAAGAUAUAACCUCUUUGCAUCGUUCUUCAUCUGAUAUAGUACUACCAUUCACUGCUCAACCAGUAUGUGCCGAUGACGAUUUUGAUACUAAUACCACUAGUUCGGAUAUUGAAGUAAUUUCGUGUUGUAAUUCUACAUAUGGUGGUGAAGUCCACGAGCUACAUUCUUCUAAUACACCUACUAUUAUGUCUCCUGUUAAAGAGCCACGUUUGUCAUCGGGAUUCAAUCGAAAUUCACUUGUUUCGCAAAAGUAUUCUCUUAGAGGAUUUAGUGCUCCGGUUGUUUUAAACAAAUGUUCUAAUGGUCCUGAACAUCGUAGAUCUGUUAGUGUUUCGCAAGAUUUGUGUAUGGGUUUGCAAAAUACUGUUGACGAUGAUUUGACAUUUGCCUAUCAUGACCUCGCUAAGAAAUUCUCUGAUGUCAAACAUUUAUUAAAUGUUCGUGAAGCAAAAAUUAUGCAACUUAGCCAUGAGAACAACGUACUACAGAAUUCAGUCUCAAUAUUGCAAGAGCAAUUAAAAACUACACUGACCACACAAGAAAUUGACACUACUGAUGUGUCCAGUAUUACCUCAGAGUUUUCUCAACGUUUAUCAGAUACAGAGAAACGAUUACAGGUUGUUUGUCGUGAACGAGACCAAUUGAAAAAAAGUUUAUCGUCAGUGAAACAAAAAAUUCCGGUGAUCACACGUGCUGUAGGUGAUGAUAAACCUUUUGUAAAUAAUGAUAUGAAACGUGUAAAUGAAUUAGAGAAUGUAAUUUUACAGAAAAAUGAAGAAAUUGAGAAUUUAUUAAAGGAAGGUCAUAAAUUAUCUGCUGAUCAGUUAAAGACAAAUAAUCUAUUAAAAAAGCUUCGUUCAGAACAGAAAAAAAGCAAGCAGACAGAAGCAUCACAUUUGAAACAAAUUGAACAAUUAAAUGCUGAAGUUCAACGGCUGCGAAGCAGUUUAGAAAAUAAGGAAGAGAUACUUGGUAUUCAACUAGCUAAUUCUACUAGACAAACGAAAGUAAUAAACAAUUUGGAAGAACAACAGGAAAUUCUUAAGAUUCAAAUCAGUAAGAAUGAAAUUAAAAUAUCUGACCAAAAACAGGAACUGGAGACUCUCAUUAAUGAAAAUUCAGAGUUGAAAGAACAGUUGAAUCGAAUUCACUGUCAUUCACAAGCUGAAAGUCAAUGUGUCGAAGAUUUAGAAAAAGCAAAGGCUGAAUGUGAAACCUUAAAACAGAAACUGGACGGCAAUUCAAGAGAUUUACGUGCAUUUAAAACACAACAUGAAGAACAAGCGAUUAAAUGGAGAGAAGAAAUUCAGUAUUAUCAGGGUUUAUUGUCUGAUGCCCAGUUGAAAAUUGAUCUAUUGAAUGAAACAACUACCACUGCAACGCAACCAAUUAUGAAGCAAUUAGAAAUUCUUCAAUCUAAUUUCAAUAAUCAAGCAUUUGAAUGGGAAACGAAGGAAAGACAAUUGAAUAAAUUAUUAGCUGAAUAUAAACUUACAGCCGAUAAUGCUCAAACGUCUGAAGAAUCAUGGCGAAGUCAGCUUCAAAUAGCAGAGGAUAAUUUAGCAGUGGCUAGAUUGGAAUUGAAUUCCUUAAAGCAGAAAUAUGUUGAUUUGCAGAAAAUAUUUACAGCAGAACAAGAAAAAUCACAGGGUAGCAUGUUCGAUUUACAAGAAUUAACUGUCAAACUGGAAACAUCUAAAUCUGAAAUGAAUGAAUUUCGUUCUCGUAUAUGUGAAUUACAACAAACAUUGUUAUCUGAAGAGCAACGUUAUAAAACACUAGAAGCGGUGAAUAAUAAUUUAUGCUUACAAUUAGAAGAAAUGAAAUUGGCAAAAGACCAACUUGUGGCAAAUAAGGUCAUCGAUCAACCAUUGAAUUCACAUUCACUUGACCGAAAAUCUUCAUUCAACAAUGAAGUGGCUAGUAUUCCAAAAACAUUUCAACUUCAGUCUGAUAUGGUCAAUCAAGCUUCUAUGGAAUAUUUUCAAUCUCAUCUACAUUUACGCGAAGGUGAAUGUGCUCAUUUGAAACGUGAAAUUGAACAAUUAACAGCCACACAAGAGAAAUUAUUAACUGAAGUUGCUAAACAAACAGCUCGAGCUGAAAAAUAUGAAAAGUUAGCAGGUGUAAAAUAUACAAAACAUGUAAGUAGAACUUUAGCACAGUCAGAUCCCUUCGCUCCUACUACAAAUAAUUACCAUAAUCAUGAUAUUGGUGAUGUAAUUGAUGACGAUGAUCCUACAAUGGAAUUACAACAACGUUAUGAAACUUUAUUGAUUUUAUGUGGCAAAUUAACGGAAGAAAAUAAUGAACUUAAAUUGGAUUUAGCUGAUGUUAAAGAAAUGUAUAGAGCGCAGAUUGAUAUGCUUUUAAAAAGUCAAUAGUUCUAUCACCUCUUUUCGCUGAUUGUCUGUGAUAUUCAAUGAAUUCAGUGCAUAAUUCAAUGUUAUUCCGUAAAUGAAUUUACAGUGUUUCCAGGAUGUGUUAUGUUAUCUUUUUUUUACAAAAAGCAAUGCACAAUGUAUGUGUUUGUAAAUUAACUUAUGAAUUCAAAAAGAACUAAGCAUAAUUCUAUGUUUGAUUCUACUAAACUUGUGUAUUCAAUUUCGCAAUGUCAUAAGUUAUAAUGUUAUAAUACCAUAGUACACAAAUAGAUAUUUUUUACCUUCAUGAAAAUUUAUUCGUUUUUGCGUGAAUAGUGGACAAGUUAUUUUCACUCCCUUUUUUCUGUUGAUUUUUUUAAACUGUGCCUGAUUACUUUUUAAUUAUAACACUUUUUCGAGAAGUUUACAUUGAUUCAAACGCUUAAAACGUUAUGUUUCAAAAUCUACAUUAUUUUCUG